AAUUAAAAAAGGGUGUCUACACUGCAUUGCGUCAACACAAAUGACCUAAACAACACAGAAACAGGUUAAAAGUUUAUUUUAGUCGCUCAAAAACAUAUUUUUAACAUAUUAUUUUUUGCAUUUUAGAGAUCUGGCAGAAAUUUAUGUUAAUUUUGGUAUUAUGUUUUCUUAAAAACGCAAGACUAAUUUCCCGCUCUGUGAUUGGCUUAAACUGGCCGUUGUUUUUCAAUCAACCAACAGCAAAGGGAAGAGGAGCGAUUCAAUAACGACUUUGAUUUUCUACAGCAAAAUCAAUCAAUGGCUUUUGCUCAACGAGUAAAGUCAUCACAGGUGACUCAGUUGUUGCCAAAUGAGGUGGUCACCGAACAACAGUCAAUUGUUGUCGUGAAGAAGCUUUUGGCCAUUGCAGUUUCUGCCAUUACAUACCUCAGAGGGAUAUUCCCAGGAAAAGCCUAUGGGACCAAAUAUGUGGAAGAUCAGCAGGUGAUGAUCCUUACAGGGGGGCGGAGCUGUCCCGGUGCUGAUCAAAUAAUUGAUUGGAUGCAAGGCUGCUUUGAUGCCAUCCAGAAGAAAUUUCUGCGGACAGUCAUCAUGUCUAUUUACAAUGACCCAGAGAACCCCCAGAAAGUGACUGAGUAUUACCAGUUUAGGAUCCAGUACACUUCAAACGGAGCUCAUAUGGAUUUUGAAAGCAACAGCAACCAGAAGUUGUCAACGACAACGUAUGGAAACACUAAGAAAGCCAGCAUCCUGCUGGUGAGGAAGCUCUACACCCUGAUGCAGAACCUGGGCCCUCUGCCUGAAAACGUUUGCCUCAACAUGAAGCUGACCUACUAUGAUGACGUCACCCCUCAGGACUACCAGCCGCCCGGCUUCAGGGAGGCUGAAGGCGACGUUCUGGAAUUUGAAAAGGAACCGGUCAAGCUGACCAUGGGUGAGGUGACCACCCCCUUCCACUGCGUGAAGUUUGACAUGGCCACAGAAAAGCACAGACUAGAGCAGGUGGAGGAGAGCAUCUCUGUGGAGGACAAGUGGGUCAUGAAGAUCGAGGAGGGCGGAGUCCUGACAGAGAGUUAUGUGUCCAAAGAAGAUGAGGAGCCUGACAACAAGAACACAGAGAUGGACAUCGAUGAGAAUCAGAUGAUUUGUCCAGAGAAGAUUGAAGCCAAUGAAGAAGCCACAGAGAUGGACACUUCAGUGAAGAAAAGCUCUGAUCUGGAGGCGAACCUGAAGUGGACUAGGAGUGGACGUGUGAUCAAAACCACAUCGGAAGCGAAGUUGACUGUGGACACCAAGCAGGCGAAAGCAGUAAAGGACAAAACGGUUUCUCAGUACAAAAUCCUCAGCAGCCAGGAGUCUGCAGACGACUCUGCGCUCAAGAACAAGAAGCGCAAAUUCAGCGAGCCCAAAGAUCGCUUCUGACCUGACUGCCAGCCCGCGCCGGUGUCCACCUGUUCACAUGGUUUUGUGUUGGAAACGACUUUGUUUUGGUGGUUGACAAAUGUAGCUGUUUCAUUUGCAUGAUUUUGGAGUUUUUAAACACCUGUAUUGCUGGAAAAGGAUUUUAUAAAUAAUCAGAUGUUUGAUUUUUAACAGUUAGGUUUGUUUUGAGUUUCUGCACAUUUCAAUAAAGUGCAACGAACAGUUG